AUGGUACCUUCCGGCCAACAAUCUCGCCUCUGUCGUCAAUGCGCAUCUCGACUACCGUCUAUCUCUUCUCGCCAAUUUACUACCACCCGACGCAGAAAUGCGGCGACGUCAAUGGGGCCUGGAGCACAUGAGGGCAAGCUCCCAGAGUUUAAAAUGCCCAAAAUGGCCUCCAUGAAAUCCAAUUUCAAGAAUAUGGGCAAGAAAGAGGUGGGAGAUGACCUGGGCAGAAUCCCUAAUGCCCUUAUACUUCCCUCGGCCAAAGAGCUCCCAAGUUGGACUGCUCCCAAAUUCAAGAGACUCAGAAUCCACUUGUUGCACUUGAGACUGUCUCUUCAGAACUGGUUCGGACUUGCUUUCUAUCUCUUUUGGGAUGCACCGAAGGAUCUGGCCACGGGAAAGAAAAUGAGAAAACCCCUCGAACUCGCGAGCAGACAUAGAGUGGCCCGAUUGCUCCACGCAGAAUUUAACACCGCUCUGGGCGUGGGAGAUAUGAAUCGGUUGCAGAACGUUGCUUGUUCCGGACUGCUGUCCAAGGCGGCCGCGCGGAUAGAGAUGCGAAAGCAGUUUCGUGCCAAAGAUGAAUUUUGGACCAUCAGACGAUACCAGGGAAUCAAAUAUCCGGUGCUUCUGGAGAAAUGGCCUAUUUCGGUCUUCCUGCCCGCUGCCAGUACCCGAGUGGUCUCGGAUAGAAUUGUCGAGCUACCUUUCCCAAAUUCCAGUCUUCGUCAGUGUACCGUGCGGAUACGAACCAUACAGGAAGUCGGCUACGCGAAUGAAAAAGAUCUGAAAUUAUUGCCCUGCACAGAAUAUGUUGUCAUUCAGAAAAUGGUCUACAAAGGAGAAGCCGGGCCUUGGAAAAUGUGGGGGACAGUCGAACCGUCCACGAUGGAGGAAAUUGACAAAUUGCUUGAUGGCAAGCAAGAGGGUACGUCUAUGACCGACAGAUUGAAGGAGAAGUUCAUGUCGAUGGCUUCGUCCGCUGGUAUGUCAUAG